UGGGACGUGUUCGGCAAUAUGCCGCCAGGCACGCCUGAGUACUCAAGUGAAGAACUGGAGUCUCGAAUCGCUAAGAGCUUAAGGCAGAAAGAGACCCCCAUUUUCGCAGGCGAAGACAACGAAGAUAUCGAUGUCUACGUCCGCCAUAUGAUUUUGUGGUACGGAGGCUUUGGGUUGGUUUUACGGCAGCCACAAGUCGAUGUCCGGGUGGGGCAACUGAUGAUGAAUCACACAAAAGACAAAGCCAAGGCA